AUGACGUCUAUUUCCUAUACUAUCGAACCCAUCCAAGGUCGUGCCGUCAUCCAGAAGAAUUUUGUAAAACUUCCUGAACGAGCUAGCAAUUACUGCAAUCGUCGCGUUACUUUAAACGAGCGAUUUUCCAUAAUCGAAAGAGGUUAUUACCUCCAACCAGCAGAACUGCCAAAGUCUACCAAGCCUGUUCCUCAAGUCAGUCUCCUUUGUACAAAUCCAGUUUCAAGAGAGGAGAUAAUGGCUAGUACAUUGGCGAAAAUUGAAAAGAAACAAAUGGAAGAGCAGAGAAGAUUGGCUAAGGCAUUUUCCCCGCAUAGGGCUGGAAAAAUUGUUGAGAACAUUCACGAAUACGACUCAAGGCCACGAGGCGGUCGCGAUGGCCCUGGAUGGCAGAGUUGUGACGCUAUCUUUGAGACAACCGGAUGA